AUGACCAUUGAAUCCGCCCCUUUGGUUGACACCACGGUUGCACAUAUUGAUAUCGCGUAUCGUAAUGGACGAGAGUAUCGUGUUGAGCUUAAGGACAUUGCUUUGCGGCCUGAUCAGCCGUUUUUGAAUGACGACAUCCAUGUCAGCACCACAACCACCGACAACAAUGACGAUAGCAAGAUUUUAUCAAUCCAAGUCAAGGCACUCAAACCUCUCGAGUUGCUUCAUUUUGAAAGCAAAUACAAAACCACGGUGGAUCUCAAGGAGAUGCGAAUGCUUGCCAAUGGAUUUCAGAGCUGGAGUCAAGCACGUGAGCUGGGAGCUGAAGACCGGAUUGCACCCAUUCGAUCCACCGUAGCCUAUUUGACCCAGUAUAACUUACAAGGCGACUAUGACUUUUUCCAACACUCAGGUGAAACGGGUCAUAUUCAUUCGAGCACCUACACGCAUUUGCGUAAAAAAGACGAUGACGACGAGACGCUCUACUUUUAUGGAUCCCUUACAGAGAAUCUUGGGUACACCUAUCUCAAGGCCGAUUUCACCAGCAAUGGGUUCUCGAUCUACAAGGAUAUCGUGGGGAAGCACGUGGAUAGCAACCAAUCGAUCGAUUUGGUGCGAUUGUUGAUGAGCAAGGGGCGUGAUGCUGGUACAUUGUGGGACGCUUAUGCAAGUUACUUUACCGACAGGCGUGUAAAACAGCAAACACAACAUGUCAUCGGAUGGACUUCGUGGUACAACUACUAUGGUGAUGUGAGUGAGGACAUUGUGCUACGCAACUUGCAGGCGUUACAAGAACACAAGUAUCGACUCCAGAUCUUUCAAAUUGAUGAUGGAUUUCAAAAUGCUGUUGGCGAUUGGCUCUUGGUCAAUGACAAGUUCCCCAAUGGUCUCAAGCCCAUUGUAGCCAAGGUUAAAGAAGCUGGUUACACCCCUGGAUUAUGGCUCGCACCGUAUGCAGUGGCAUUUAAUAGCAAGCUCGCUGCUGAACAUCCUGAAUGGCUUAUCAAAGAUCCAGCCACUGAGAAACCCGUUGUUGCUGGACCCAAUUGGGGUGGUUUCUAUGCACUUGACAUGUACAAUGAGGAGGCACGUGCACAUCUUAAACGUGUCUUUGAUACAGUCCUACGAGAAUGGGGAUUUGGCAUGGUCAAGCUCGACUUUUUGUUUGCUGCUGCAAUGAUACCACGAUUGGGUAAAUCACGUGGCGAGAUCAUGUGGGAUGCUAUGCAGCUGGUGCGUGAUUUGACAGGCAACGAUCGCUUGCUAUUAGGCUGUGGUGUGCCAUUGGCAUGUGCAUGGCGUAAUGCAGAUUAUUGUCGUGUUGGUUCAGAUGUUGCCCCAUGGUGGGAAGAUAGCAAGCUCAAGUACUUGCAUGUGCGUGAACGUGUAUCAACAGCCAAUUCGCUUACAUCAACCUUGAACCGAUGGACAAUGUCCGAUCGCAUGUUUGGUAACGACCCUGAUGUGAUCAUUUUACGUGACAACAAGAACAAACUUAAUCCCGAGGAGCGAUAUACGUUGUCGGUAUUGAACAACAUUCUUGGUGCCCUUGUGUUUUCAUCCGACAAUGUGGGUGACUAUGGUAAAGAUGAACACCUUUUAUACCGAGCGACCUUCCCCAAAGUGGUUGCCAAGGUGAAAUGCGUGCGUGAAAUCCAGCCAACAGUAUACCGCAUUCAAUUUGAAUACGAAGGUCGUGCUUAUACCGUAUUUGCCAAUUUGUCGGAUGAUGAUGUGUCAGUGACAUUGCCAUCCUGCAGCAAAGAUCAGCUGUUGUUUGCUACCGACAAUGAAAUGCACAUGACCAAACGCACGUCUUUGAUUGGAUUUUUCCGUCACAAAACGACACCACUCUUUUAUCACCCUGGUUCUCGUAUCAACCUUAAAGAGCAUGAGACAAAGACGUUCAUGCACCUACCCAAGCAAGAGAAUACGGAGGAAAAUCAAGUUACCUUCCUUGGAUCCAAUAGCCACAUUGUACCUGGUGCCGAGAUCACCUCCCUUUCUCCUUGCAACAAAGACUGCAAGGAAGGGGUUGAACUCACCUUCCAUAAAGACAAUACCCGAAAACAUACCGUGUAUGUUGGCUGUGGUCAGUAUUUGUUUACGCGAGGCAACACGCCAUCCACUCCUCCUGCUUGCAAGAUCAAUGGUGCUACACCCAAGUUUGAGACAUUCAAGGUCGCUGGUGGAAAUGGUGGACCACAGCAAUUGGUGUAUGCAGCCGUUUUAACAUCAUCAGAUUAG